GCCUGUCAGCGUCAUUUGAAACGUUUGAACGAAGUCGACUUGUUUGAAUCAGAAAGAAAAAUAACCAAAAUUUUGGAGUACAAUUAAAACGAACAACAUGGCAAAUACAAAGCUAAAAUCAAUUCAUGAUAAACAGCGCGCCGAACUGACAGACAGACCCAAGAGCAAGACUAAAACGAAGACCAAGACCAAAGGCCAGAUGAUCCGAUCGAAAACCUCGUUCAAGGCAGCCGACAUAAAACAAACCAAGUCCAAAGUAAACUCAAAGCUUCGACCGCAGACGCUCAAUUUGAAGCUCAAGCGACGAUCUCUUUUGAUGCGUAAAGCAAUGCAGCCACUGCUUCCGCCUCAGGGUAAGUCCAAGCAAAAGGCCAAAGGGCGCGUGGGGAAGCGCAAGCAGCCCAAGGAACCGUCCUCCACCAACGCGACAAUUGUGAUUGUCAAGAAUUCAGAGCACCGCACCAAUCGGCUGUUAAGCUCUGCACAGAAGCGCCGGCCAAGUAGUGCCAAUAACCAGCAGCUGCCGAAACAGAAAACACGUCACCAGAAGCCGGCUCGCAUAUCGGCUGGAGCUGAUGGCGGCUACACUAAGGGGCAACAGAGCAAAGUGCCGCCGCCGCAGAGUCUACUGCCCCACCUGGGCAGCGGCGUUCAGAAAGAGGCAUAUGGCACCUUUGGCUAUAAGCGUUCCCCGCCCCCCAGGCCGAUCCAGAAGAACGAGGAGCUUGUAGUGCCGCUGAGCAGUCGAUUGCCCAUCAUUGACUUCAUUUCCACUGAUGAAUUUGAGCGUCUACACAGCUUCAAGAUGAAGCACAAGAAGCGCUUCCCUGUCGAUGGCAAGCCCAACGAUAAGCUAAAACCAAAGAACUUUUGGCGAUGCGGAUCCUCAAAGUUGCCGGACAUCAGUUGUUAAUGUUUUAUGCGACUCUACGUAAACUCUGUGUACCGCGGUAAAAAUUUUUUGUGUCUAGUUUUAAAAUACAUAGUCAUCCCUAAAAAGAUAGCUGUCACAUA